AUGACCAAAUUAGAAAAAACUCUCUGCUCGGACUACCACCAGCUGCUGAUAUCAAAGCCUAACUCAGUAGAUGAUACAAAGUCGUUUGAAGUUCCUCUUUCUUGGAAAUCAUGUGGUAUCAACACGGAAGCAAAGAAACAGCUUAUGUGUUUGGGAGUUUCUUUGCAAGAACAACCUAUACCCUUUCCUUCACUUCCGAAUUUCUCUGAAUUUAGGGAGUUGUUGCAAGAGUACAAGACAAGCAACUAUUCGUCCAAUGAAGCAGCUCAAAAGAUAUUUGAAAAAUGUGGAUGUUCUUCCCUUCUAUCAAAUGAUCACUGUGCAGCACUCCCAUAUAUGCUUCGUUGGCGCCUUAUCCAUGUACUAGAUCCUUGCGUUGCUUGUUCUCACUCAAGAGAUAAUGCAAGUGAACUGGAGUUGAGUAGAACUGUUUUCAGCCCAUUACUUGGUCUAGCUGCUCUAUUUCGUCAUUGUCAAACAGAUGGAAAUGUGCAAACCAACAAAUUAAUGAAUAUUUCUGAAGAACAAUUCACCGAUGAGAUGAGGGAAAUGGUUGAGAGGCUAACACCUGAUAGAUUUGUACAAUUCCAAUUGAAUGAAGGUUCAGAAAACAGAAUAAAUAUGAUAAGAGUGAUAGAAGAGGACAAAACGAAAAAGACAGAAAACGGACAUGAUGAUUUCAUAAAGUUAGUAACAGAAUUACGAAUGAUACACAGCUACAAUUUAAGGGCUUGUUUUGUAGACGAAAAACAGGACUUUCAUGAAAAAUUAGCAACCUAUGGAAUACUCACAACCAAAGAGACCGUUGAAAUUAUUGCAAUCACUGCAAAGCUUGUCAAAAAUGGAAACGAAAUUAACAUACGUUAUUAUCUUCACCGCAUAGGUUUAUUUGAAGGCACUACAUCGUUGAAUAGCAAUUACAAUUCAAGAUUAGACUUGCGUGCAUGGAUAUUAACAAUGCUUAAAAACUGUACAAAUGAGCAUGAGGAGAUUGCUAAAUAUCUACAAACGCGAAAAGGCAAGAAAUCCGGAAUAUUAUUAUCAGCUCGUAAAUCUAAUGAAGUAAUUGAAAUUUUGCCUGGAGAUACACUAUGCUUUGCUGAUGGGCUAAUGAUUCAUCAAGUUAAGGGAGUGGUUAGUUCUGUCAUUAUUUCAGAAAAGGAGAAGCAUGUUGUUUUGGUUAAGGGACCCUCAGACCAUCAUUGGUUAUAUCUCAAAAUUCACCAUAUCCCCAUCAAAAUUGAAAGACCUUAUUUUUCUCUAUAUCUCAAUGAUUCAGCAACUUGUAUCUUUUAUCAUGACGAUAAACAAUAUGGAAAGUUUGAUAACAUCGAAGUGUCAUUGCCUGGCAACUGUCUUUCGACAAUUUCUCUUUCUAGAGACGAUAAGAAAAGAGUGAUGAUGGAUAUUCUUUGUAAAUCAGUUUUGUAUUCUGGAUCGGGAACACCAGGCUACUUUCCUCCAGAAAAGCUAGCUGUAAGGAGUAUGGAGAAUGAAGAUGAAAUAGAUAUUGCUCAUUCUUUGACACCAAAAUCAGACAUUUAUUCGUUGGGCAUUGUCUUCUUGGAAAUUAUUGGAGACAUGAAAGUAAGAACAAAUGAUGAUGCUAAAGAAGCAUUGAUCGCGGUAGGAAAGGGUGAAAUGAAAGGCAUGUUGAAAAUUUUGAAACUAAUGACUGAUUCAGAGAAGUUAAAACGUCCCAAUGCAACCUUAAUCAUUGGAGCACUUCGGAAAGUAUGGGGGAAAGAGGGAGAGAAACUAGAAGAAGAGGGAAGAAAAAAAGCUACAACGGAUUUGACAAGUCACUUUUGGGAAUUAUAUGGCGAGACAGAAGAAUUGCAUAAUGAGUCCACUACAUCCUUAAUACCACUUGAUAAUGACUAUUUAGAGAGCAUAUUAGAGUAUGAUGAUGUCUUGUCUGAAGAACAACAACCACCUCUCAAAAGAGGCCGUGAUGUUGCUCAGAUGGAUUCCACAACAAGAGACCGUAAAAAGAACAAGCAAUAG